GCAUGGAGACCUCGACUUCCAAACAAUGGACGAGGGUCUAGUCUAUAAUAUGAUAUUAGAUUAGGCCCUGGCUUAUUAAACGGAUGAAUGUUAAACCUGUACAAAUUCAGCUUUGACAUCUACAGAAUAGGUGUGUUCAAACUAAAAAUAAAUUGUCAAAAUCUAUGUAAAUAAUAAUUUACAACAACAACGCGAAUGGCGCAGUGUAUGUACAGGCCUAUACGAUCUACUCUACAACCAUGACGUGUUGAUAUCCUAAGCAUCGUAGUAAAGCAGAAAACUGCCAUCGUUCCGGAUUUUACCCACCGCAUAACGCACAACGUAUGGGUGUACAAUCUUCGUGGAUUUCCUAAGCGUCGUAGUAAAACAUAAAAUGAUAGUUCCGGCUUUUACCCACCGAAUACCACACAACGUAUGGUGUGUGUGUGACAAGCGUCGUGCAGAAAAACAGCAGAAUGAAACUGAGAUCGUUCGGAAUUUUACCCGGUAGUUUAAGGCACUUAUUACAUCGAGUAUAAUCUGCUGAACACUGAAUAACUCAUGAAAAAUGGUUUCGCAACAUGGCAAAUCUUUGGAGGAGUUGCAUGUUCCUGGAGAAGGCUUCACCAGCGAUGAGGACAGCAGUGAUUCAGGUGACUCGUGUGACCCAGCUUUGGAGGACAGUGUUGAUGCCAGAAGGCCACCAACCCAAACGGAUCCAGCUCCAAAAGCUCGACAAGUCGAGCGUCGACAAUUCAAGCGACGCCCCUGGACUGCCCAGGAAAAGAAAGACGUAACCGAGGGCUUGCAGAGAUUCAUUUUGCUGAAGAAGAUUCCAGGAAAACGUGACAUUGAAUCGUCCUGUCCUGUGGCAUUGCAGACCAGAACUUGAAAAACAUUAAGGACUUUUGUAGAAACACGAUGACACUUUAACAAAUUUAAGGUCUCAUGCACCACCAAAGUACAGUCAUAACCUAGAGUGACUCUGUAGGCACAGCCAAAUGAUUAGUCUAGACCUUUGGCCUGCCCCCCCCCCCCCCCCCC